AUGAAGCUGGUCGCUCUUCUAUCCUUCUUGCCCCUUGCUUUCGCUGCUCCGGCUCAUGUUGAAAAACGCGCUGGGCCUACGGUCGUUGCGCCUUCCCCUCAAGCAACAGUACUCGGCAAGAGCGCUUCCAACGUAGAGUCCUUCAAUGCGAUUCCCUACGCCCAACCCCCGGUCGGACAGCUUCGACUCAAGCCACCACAGCCAUUAACCUCUGGACUUGGCACAGUUGAUGGGACUGGUAGUGCCAGAGCCUGCCCUCAAUUCUUCUUCUCUGUGGAUCAAUCGGCAUUCCCCACCAACGUCAUUGGCACGAUCUUGAACACGCCGCUGUUCCAAGCUGUCAGUAACGCUGGAGAGGACUGUUUGACCAUAAAUGUUCAGCGGCCAGCAGGUACCGCGGCAGGUGCCAAACUGCCGGUGCUCUUUUGGAUCUUUGGUGGAGGAUUCGAACUCGGCGGAACGGCCAUGUACGAUGGCACAUCUAUUGUAGCAGACUCAGUUGCCCAAGGCAAGCCCGUCAUAUUUGUGGCUGUCAACUAUCGCGUUGGAGGUUUCGGCUUUCUUCCUGGCAAAGAGAUUCUUGCAGAUGGAUCUUCCAAUCUGGGUCUGCUGGAUCAGCGACUGGGUCUGCAAUGGGUCGCAGAAAAUAUUGCAGCUUUUGGAGGCGACCCUGACAAAGUCACUAUCUGGGGUGAGAGCGCCGGUGCAAUCUCAGUCAUGGAUCAGAUGCUUCUGUACAAUGGAGACCACACUUACAAGGGCAAGCCGCUGUUCAGGGGCGGCAUUAUGAACAGUGGCUCGAUCGUGCCUGCGGAUCCCGUCGACUGCCCGAAAGGACAGCUGAUUUACGAUACAGUUGUCAGUGCUGCAGGCUGCUCUGGCUCUGCCGACACACUUACGUGCCUCCGACAGGUCCCGUACAACAAGUAUCUCCAGGCAGCAAACUCCGUUCCAGGUAUCCUCAGUUACUUCACCGUCAAUCUUUCCUACCUGCCCCGUCCAGAUGGCAGAUCCAUCACCCAGUCCCCCGAACUCCUCGUUGCAUCUGGCAAAUACGCCAAAGUUCCUUUCAUUAUCGGCGACCAAGAAGACGAAGGCACCCUUUUCGGCCUUUUCACUCCAAAUCUGACGACCACCCGCGAGGUGUCUACAUACCUCUCAACUAUCUUCUUCCAGAAUGCACAGCCUUCACAGAUCGACCAGCUUGUCGGGACUUACCAAAACGGCAUCGAGGACGGAAGUCCCUUCCGCACGGGUCUGCUGAAUAACCUGUACCCGCAAUUCAAGCGCGUGUCCGCAAUUCUUGGAGACCUGACCUUUACCCUUACACGCCGCGUGUUCCUUGAGGUGGCUUCCCAGGUGAACCCGGGCGUCAAAUCGUGGUCGUACCUUGCGACGUACGAUUACGGAACCCCGAUUUUGGGCACGUUUCACGGCUCAGAUUUGCUACAGGUCUUCUAUGGCAUCUUGCCAAACAACGCAGCAAAAUCGAUCAGAGCUUACUACUACAACUUCAUCUACGAUCUGGAUCCCAAUGUGGGCAUCUCACUGCCGAAUUGGCCGCAGUGGAGCACGAGUAAAAAGUUGAUUGAGUUCAAGGCGAACAGCAAUGGACAGUUGGACGAUAACUUCAGAGCGGAUUCAUAUGCGUUCUUGAAGACGAAUGUGAACGCGCUACGAGUCUAA